AUGGAGAAUUUCCCGACGUUAGAACAGGCCGCGCGUGGACGACAGGGUGACCCUAUGCGCCAUCCUCAAGGUGGACGUCACCACCGGCCCAGUCCACCAAGUAAUCAACAGCAGCAACAACAACCGCAGCAGCAGCAACAGCAGCAACCUCAGAUCCCACCAGCUUCCGCCAUACCACUUCUAGAGCCCCAAGGCCCUCCUCAGCUACCUCCCCAGCUCUUCACGACUGCGGCACAGCUAUUGGACCUGACAGACAAGAAGCUAGUUUUGGUUCUGCGUGAUGGCCGCAAACUAAUUGGUGUAUUACGAAGCUGGGACCAGUUUGCCAACAUUGUGCUGCAGGAUACAGUUGAACGACUCUACGCUGAGAAUUUAUAUGCCGAUAUCCCACGGGGAGUGUUCCUGGUCAGAGGAGAGAACGUAUUACUUCUUGGAGAGAUUGACCUUGAUAAAGACGAUGACAUCCCGGAACCUUACCGACAGGCACCUGCAUCCGAGGUUCUUAAACUAAAGAAGCAGGCCGAAGAGCAGCGGAAGCGCAAAGAUAGGAAACGAAGCUCACACCUACAGGCCCUCGGGUUUGAACCUGAGCACAGCGGAGAGAUUCUCUUCUGA